CGAUUCUAUUCGAUACAUCAUUGUGCUCUCACGUGAAAUCUACACUACAUCCUCCCUAUUUGGAGUGGAAUUUAUUUGGAAUUUAAUAACGAAACUCGUAUCAACCUAAAGUUACCACCAUGCCAAAAUCAGGUAUCACAGUCCCUGCAGAGAUUGAAAAAAUUAUGAAGGACCUUGUAAAGAAACAGUACAUAUAUGCUAUAUUUGAAUUCUGUGAAGAGGGUAAUUCUAUGGCUUGGAAAAGGUUAGUUGAAAGGCAAAAGCGUGAUGCAUUUCCAGACAUAAAAUCCCAUGAUCGGGCACCAAGAGAGCGAUUUGAACGAGAGUAUGAUCACUUUCUCUCCUACAUCAAGUCUGAUAAUGCUCUUGUUGGACUAUUUGACUUCUCUGCACUUGAAGUACCGGGUAAAGAUUUGAAGAUUGCUGAAAUUCAUUGGUGUAAGGACGAAAUGCCAGUAAAAAAGAAGAUGUUGUUUGCAUCCAGUGUAGACGACAUGAAGAAAUGUUGCUCUGGUAGUGCAAAGAUUAUCAAUGUCAAGGAGAUAGAGGAGCUGAAUAUUGAUGCAAUCAUUGAUAUUGUCAAGUCAUAAGUGAGGAUGGAUCAAGAAGGACAGACUGAACAUCCUGACAUCCAUGGAGGUUUAUUAAAUAAUUGUGAUCUUAAGUAUUGGACUUUUAGUAGGAAACAUCUACAUAUAAAGUAGAUAUGAUAUGAUGAGAAUACAACCAUCAGAUGAUCAGCUGUAAUAUACAUCUGAAAAGUGUUUGGAGACAUCAUGUUGAUGUAUUAAGCACAUUUACAACCGGGAUAUAUCGUUAUGAACAUGACAUACAUGUUUUUAACAUCGACAUGUAAGUCAUAUUCGUUGUGGGAUGCUAUGACUGGGAACUUAUGACACUGUUCAUCAGUAAGAAUAAGCAAGAGGUACCCCAUUUGCCUGUCUAUUUAAUAGGGAACAAGAUGAAGAUUAAAAUUAUAUAUUUCAUGGAUUACCUCCAUUUGUGUCUGGUAAUUUUCCAAAUUUUCUUUAUCAUUUCUUUACAUUUUAUACUGAUCACCAGCCUUACAUCAACUAUCAUGAAGUUGCAUUGCAGCUGAAGCAAAAUACGUUAUUCUGCUUCAUAUCAUGUCAUCUUCAUACAUGAUGAAAUUUGUGACUGAUCAGGGUGCCAUUUCAUAAAUGCACAAUAUCUUUAUCUUCAUUAUCAGCCAAUCAAAUCAAAUGAUUUGUUAUUGCAAGUUUGUAUUCGUAACAAGUUUUAUGAAACGAAUCACAGAUCGAUCACAAGUAUGGAAAGCCAACAGCACCAACAUCUAAAAAUACACACAUGAAAUUGAUUCUAAAUAUCAUGUAUACUCUUACAUGAAUCAUUGCCAAUCAGUGUGCUCCUCUUCGUUUUCACAUGGACAUUGUUACAUUUCUUGUAUAAACAAUUAUGACAUUGAUGGCUUUCCAUAUUUAAGAUUUAUUAGGUCAAACACAACUCUUUGUAAUAUCACUGGUGAUCAAAGGCAUGAACCAGUUAAAGUAUCUACACCAGAGUACUAGUAACCCACUUCAGUAUGAGUACACAGAGGAUCUUUGUGUGGUGCAGAUUUAUAUACUCGCUUUAGUAUCAAAAGCCCGGGGGGGGGGGGGGUACUUAGUAUAAAUGUAUGAUACAUAUGUGCCGCGGUUGAGACCCCCAUUUUCAGCUGAAAUUUCCGUUCCAGAGCAUCACCAAUUUAGGGAGCCAUAUGAAUUCCUUUUUUUUUCCUGUUCCAGAGAUCCUCAAAUUUGUGGUUUAUCGUUCCAGUAAUCGCCCAUCAUGAACUACUCAGCCGGUUAGACCGGUAAGCUCGAUCGGCGCGGAGCCAUAUGCCGGGCCGCCGAAGCUCCCCGCAUCCGCAGUUGGCUAGUGCUAGCCCAAUGCGAUAUGAAUCUAAUAAGACGCGCGCGCACGCUUUAUACCAUGCUAUGAUACAAUGAGUUCCGGAGACCCAGAUUUUUUAUGUGGUCAGUUCCAGAGCAUUGCAUUUUCAGGGAUUUUAAGCAAUUGUUGAUCCAAGAGUCGUUCCGGAGACCCCAAUUUCAAGACCAACAUUUAGUUCCAGAGCCCCCUAUUUUCGACUUUGGUGUGGCACAUCUAGGUAUAUAUGGAGUAGUUCCCCUGGGAUCAAAAGUUUGCAUCAUAGCUAGAUUGUAUGAGAGCUGACUGGCUCAGAAUACAUGUAGAUAAAUAUGCUAAUAGAUUGAAUAUCUAUUAGAAUUUUUAUAAAUUUAUGGUAUACUAAUGAGUCAUAUUUGCAAAAAUGGAAGUUUAUGCACAACACAAAUUUUCUUUUACAAUGGGAUUUUAACCUUUGACAAGCUGGCUAUUUGUUUCAUCAAAUCUUGUUCCUAUAGACCCAGGGGAUGGGAUGGAAAGGAUACGUGGAUAUAUGGUUCAAAUUUGUUACAUCUGUUAAAUAUGGAGGUUGAAAAACAUAAAAAGAUAAAAUCAUAAGAAAUUGAUGUUAAUUCAGCAGUAAAUUUGUUGAGAAUUCUACAAAGAAUAUUUUGAUUAAAAUAAGCCUCUUUGAAGCUUUAUUUAGUGAUAUUAGCAUAAAUCAUCCUGCAUUGCUCUAUGAAAUUAAAAUAGCUCAGGCCAUAUGUGGUAAUAACUGAGUGCAGUUUAUAUUUCAAAUGUACAAACUGCAAGUCACUUUUCAUUUUUUUUUUUAUAUAAGAUGGGAUGACAUAAUGAAUAUACAUCUGCUCAGAAUGUAAAAUUAAAAACACAAGCUUCAAACUUGAGUGAACUGUCAGAAUUUGCACAACGUAACCAUAUUACAACAUAUAAGUGCAUUGCAUGGGUCAGUAUGAGCUUCAAUUUUUGAUCUGUAUCGAAUCAUGUACUAUCAUCAUGCAUUCAGUUUGAGCCCAUCUAAAUAUUGUGGUUUUUGGUUCUGAUUUCAUUUGAACAUUUUUUUAAAAUUAUUUUUGGCAGGGGGGGGGGGCGCAUAGGAGAGGAGGGGAUUGGGAUGGGUAAGAACCAUCUUGAUUGCAUGUCAGUUGAUCGAUUGGUGUGCUAAUAUUUUGAAACCAAUCUAGAAUAUUUAUUUUUACUGUACUAAUUCUUUUUGUGCAGAAUCAUGAUACUGUAUAUAACUGUUAAGUGUAUUUAUGAAGGUGUUUGCUCCUGCUAUGCAAUUAAGUAUUCUUUUUGUGCAGAAUCAUAAUAUAUAACUGUUGAGUAUAUUCAUGAAGGUGUUUGCUCGCGCUAUGCAAUCACCAAUGAUUAAAGAACACUUUAUUUGACUGACACCCAUCAUUAUGAAUAUCCCUGUGUUAACACCAUUUAUUCUAUUUCAUAUAGAAUUAGAAGAAAACAUUUUAAGUGGACUGAUAUUAACUAUUGCAGUUGUCAAUACAUAAGCACCUCAGGCAAAAUGUUUUGAAGCUCUUCCGGUGCAACUUUGUGUUUUGAGAGGAUAGUUAAUAUAAACCCAUGAGGUUAUUCACAGUACUUCCUCUAGUGAUACAUGACCAAUGAAAAUGUUUUUAUUUUUUUAACUGUGAUGGAGCUGUAAUACAGGUUUAAAUUUGAGAUUCAUUAUUCGACCAUUGCUCAUUGGCAUGACAAAGGAAAACAGAGUGCAGGGGAAAUGCUGAAUUCAUGCCCCUUCCUAACUACCAACGUUGGUGGCUUACAUGUAUGUUGUCCAUCAGAGCAAACUUGCUAGAUUUUGUUUUAAACAUUGGCCUUCGUUGUGCCCCCUUGAAAGUUAGGGCACCCAAGGCUUGUGCCUCUUCCCCAUACAGGCUACUGCCAUUGAUAUUGAGAAAAAAAUGUAGGAUCAAACCUAAAACUGAACAGUAAUGACCAGUUUAUUGGGCACAAAGCCUGUAUUUUCAUAUUGUACAUCUGGUCAUAUGAGUUUUGAGAGAGGAUAGAGAGAGAGGGAGGGGGUGGGUGGGGAAGGUCACUGGAUUAAAUGGUUUUGUGCUUCAAAUAAAAUUGUAAUGUAUCUCGAACCAUCUGAGUAAGCAUAGUGCAAUCAUUUCUUGCAAGUUGAGAUUGCUUUGAGGGUGGGAAAAGUAGUUCAUGUAAUACAUUUUAUGUUUGAAAGGAAUUUAAAAUUCAAUACAUGUUCUUCCAAUUUGCAUGAUAAUUCAUAUAUUGACCAGUCUGUUUAUUUUGUAAACAAAUUGUUGUAUUGUAAUAAGCGCACCCGAACAGAUAUCCAAAUCCUUUUUUUAAAGAGAAAUAUUAAGGGUUUAUUUUUCAUAUCUACACCCAUGGAAUAUUUAUUAUACAUGCAGGCCCUAAUUGUAUAUUGAUAUUAGGCUUUUCAUUUUUACAUCAGCAUGUUUCCUCAUUACAUGGAGAUUUCUAGUUUUAGUGCAUUAUUAAAAUAAACAGAACUCUCUUUGAAUGUGUACCAAACUAGCAUAAUGCUGAAAAUUUCAUCAAAAAUCAGAUCUAAAAUAAGAAAGUUAUGACAUUUUAAAGUUUUGCUUAUUUUUUCACAAAACAGCUGUAUGCACAACUCAGUGACAUGCAAAUGAGACAGUGGGUGGUGUCCCUCACUCACUAUUUCUUUUGUUUUUUAUUGUUUGAAUUAUACAAUAUUUGAUUUUUUUCAGAUUUGACAAUAAGGACGAACUUGACUGAACCAUAUAGUAUUAAACAAUGCUAAUUCCAUAUGUUCAGUGAGAAAUUAAUCUUUGUUUUACUUGACAAUGGGGAGAAAAUUAGAAUAUUUCAUAUGGUAAUAAAAUACAAAAGAAAUAGUGAGUGGAUGACAUCAUCAGUCUCCUCAUUUGCAUAUCAACCAGGAUGUGCAUAUAACUGUUUUGUGAAAUUAAGUGAAACUUUAUAAUGUCAUAACUUUCUAAUUUUACAUCAGAUUUUGAUGAAAGCUUCAGUGUUAAAUGCUUGUUGGAAUUUUCUCUUUUUAUUCAAAUCAACGUUUUGUUGGGGUGAACUUGUUCUUAUAACAAGAUAAAGGAAGUGUUUACAUGUAGGGCUUUUUAUUAUGAGAGAGGGAGAGAGAAAAUAGUAUAUAAAUGCAUUGCCUAGAAAUGUAUCUUAAACAGUUCAAUAAGUACCGGUUAUAUAAAAGCAAAUGUAUUUUCUAGUUUGAUGUAAAUGAAAUUUAAAUUAUUAACCUCUUUUUUGCACUUUGGAAAUAUUAUUUUAUUUAUGGCUUAGUGUUUGACAAUCAUUAAAGAGAAGAAAGAGAAAAUUACAA